AUGGCUAUCUUGUCUACGCCUUUCACGCGUCCGCAACUUGUUAAUCUUGCAAUUUUCGUGAGCAUUAUGACUAUUUUAUUGAAUAUUGCUGAAGGAAUACUUUCUAUGUUUUUCGGAAAACAAUCUAAUUCCGUUAGCUUGGUAAUCUUUGGAAUUGGUUCUUUUGUUGAAAUGACAUCAUCUGUUUUAGUCUUAUGGCGAUUUGCCUCUGAAUCAUGUCAGGAAAUCUCCAUGAUUUCUAUAACUCACAAGGAUAAAUAUAUUGAUAAAGAACGUAAAGCUACUUUAGGAAUUGGAUGUCUUUUUAUUGUUUUGGCAUUAGGAACAUUUUUACAUGCAAUAAUCUCUUUAACUCAAAAAAGUCACCCCGAUAAUACUAUAUCAGGUAUUAUUAUUUCUAGUAUAUCAAUCGUAAUUAUGUUGGCUGUUUAUUUUUGUAAAAGAUAUUUGGCUGUGAGUUUGGAUUCUUCUACAAUGGCAUCUGAAGCACAAU